AUGGGGGAUAUAUCCACCUCCGACUAUAGUACUGAGACUGAGGGCUCUGACGACUCCGGGGACUCUGAUACCGCCCUUCCAUCUAGUCCCACACCGCAGGACCGUCAAAGACAAAUUGUACAUUACCUCCUCUCACAACAGCUCCAUGGCCCUGAAAUCCUUCGCAUCCUUCGCGAACAUCAUGGUAUCAAGAUGGGAAUUCGAACGCUCGAUCGAAAGCGCAAGCUCUGGGGCCUCCAACAGCGCAACCUUCCCCAGGGCCCAGCCCCUAUUGUACAAGCAUCCAUCAGAUCGUCUCAUUGCAAGGGUCUCGAUUUGAACGAGAUGAAAGCUCGACUUCUCAAAGAGACUGGACGUGAUGUUGCUAUACGCACCAUUCAGAGGUACUUAAAAUUCCUCAACUUGAAACAAAUUGAGAACGAUUUGCAGAAUGGCAAAACAACAAUUGAAAAAGUAGUAGAGUGCAUCAAUCAUGCCCGAACAGAGCUCCUGCAGACAUCUGCCGGUUACCGGAGCAUGCAUCGGAUUUUGAAACAGUUCUAUGCUAUCAGCUUGCCAAGGUGA